CCUUAAUUUUUUCCUAGAUUGACACCUACACCCUUCUUCCCCACCCAUCGAAAUAAAAAACUCCCUUCGCGCAAUUUUCAGCUCCAUAGCUCCCUAAAUUUUGCUUCUUUUUCAGUGGAUCUCAGACUCGGCUUUUGUAUCAGUUUGGUUUUUUUUUUACCGGAUGGUUUUGAGGGUUUUUUAAUAGUUGAUUGGUGGAUAUAGAGUAGUGGGUAGCGGUGAGAUGGAUAAAACCGCACAAGAAAAGGAGCCUAAAACACUUCCUGCUAGUAGUUCUCAGGAGCCAUCUUCAACCACUAAUUCAGCUGGUCCAGCAAAUGGAGACUGGUCUGGAUUUCAGCAGGCAUAUUCUCCCAUUCCUCCACAUGGGUUCUUGGCAUCGAGUCCUCAAGCUCCCCCAUAUAUGUGGGGGGUUCAGCAUAUUAUACCUCCAUAUGGUACCCCACCACAUCCUUAUGUUGCAAUGUAUCCUCAUGGUGGAAUAUAUGCGCAUCCAUCCAUUCCUCCAGGAUCUUAUCCUUUUAGUCCUUUUGCUAUGCCUUCUCCUAACGGCAUUGUUGAGGCUUCUGGAAAUACUCCUGGAAACAUGGAAGCAGAUGGUAAGCCUUCUGAUGUGAAGGAAAAGUUGCCAAUUAAAAGAUCAAAAGGGAGUUUAGGCAGUUUGAACAUGAUUACUGGAAAGAACAAUAAUCUCGGUAAAGAAUCAGGUGCUUCGGCUAAUGGAGCUUAUUCUAGAAGUGCUGAGAGUGGAAGUGAAGGUACAAGUGAAGGCAGUGAAGAGAACUCCCACAAUGAUUCACAUUUGAAGUCUGGAGGAAGACAAGAUUCUGGAGAAGGUGAAGCAUCUCAGAAUGGAAACUCAGCACAUGGUCCUCAGAAUGGAGGCGCAAAUACAAUGGUGAGUACAGCAUUGCCCAUUGUACCUAUAUCAACGGCUGUGGCCACCACAGCUGUUCCUGGUCCAACAACAAACUUACAUAUUGGGAUGGACUACUGGGGGAGUCCGGCUUCAUCUACCAUCCCUGCAAUGCGUGGGAAGGUUCCUCCAACUCCAGUUGCAGGAGGAAUAGUAACUCCUGCAUCACGGGACAGUGUUCAGUCACAGAUAUGGCUACAGGAUGAAAGGGAGCUUAAAAGACAGAGAAGGAAGCAAUCAAACAGAGAGUCCGCUCGUAGAUCCAGGUUGCGCAAGCAGGCGGAAUGCGAUGAGCUGGCUCAGCGUGCUGAAGUUUUAAAAGAAGAGAAUGCCAGUCUUAGAUCAGAAGCUAACCGUAUCAAGAGCGAGUAUGAGCAACUUCUCGCAGAGAAUACCUCUCUCAAGGAGAGGCUGAAGGAAAUUCCAGGGCACGAGGAUCUAAAUUCCAGUAGGAAUGACCAACACACAAAUAAUGAUAAACAAAUAGAGCAAGUGCAAGGUAGUCAGUAGGAUUUAUACACCCUCUUAACCAAAUUUAGCUUAGCUAAAGACAAUAUUUAUUCUGCAUGACAUGUUAUAAAUAUCAUCAAAGCUGACCUUGAUAGAUUUUUAGGUUCCCAUAUCCCUUAUAAUCCAUCACCAUUGAUUUGGCUUGCCUUUUGCAAGCAAAGCCUUAAGAGGAUGAUGAUGGUAUGUAGACUAUAUAAGUAUGUGAAUGUGAUACCUUUCUUUGUUGAAAGAAAGGGUGAGUGUAUGUGAAUGUGAUACCUUUCUUUGUUGAAAGAAGGGCAAGUAUGCACAGGUUUUUCUUUUAAACCUUUUCAAGCUUGUUUUAUGUUAAAAUAUGAUUGAUGAUGAAUGUGUAAUAAACUAUGAUUCAUUUUAAUGGUUGGGUGAUGAUAGUUUUCUUUUUACUA